UUGAUAAGGUUUUCAAAGUUUCUUCUGGCCCAGCAUGAUACAAGGUUUACCUCGACGGGUGGUCAUGCACCUCUAACUAUAUAAGACUCUUGACUUGAACUCUUUAAGCCAGUAGAUUUUCUUUAAUCAAAACCUUACAAUGUGUAUAUUGAGGCAUAUAUUUCUGAUACUUCAGUUAACUAGCUAUUUUUAUGGCAUUUUUGGUGGUGUCUGUCUAAUACCGUCGCCAGUGAAGAGGCAAAGUACACGAUCUAUUCUCGAUCAUUUUAUACCCAUGCAUCCCCGUUUGGAUGGUCGUAUUGUGGGUGGACAUCGUAUAAAUAUCACAGAUGCUCCACAUCAAGUUUCAUUGCAGACAUCGAGCCAUAUUUGUGGUGGUUCAUUGAUAUCAGAGGAAUGGAUAUUAACUGCAGCCCAUUGCACUUAUGGCAAGACAGCAGAUCGUCUACGCAUACGUUUGGGUACUUCGGAAUUCGCACGCAAUGGUGAAUUGUUGAGGAUACAGAAAAUCGUACAACAUGAGAAAUUUAAUUUCACAAAUGUCGACUAUGAUUACUCCCUGCUUCAGUUGAAGCAUCCCAUUAAGUUUGAUGAAUCCAAAAAGGCAAUUAAAUUGCCUGAAAAAGAAGAAACCUUCAAUGAUGGCGAAACUUGCCAUGUGAGUGGUUGGGGUAAUACACAAAAUUUGCUGGAAUCCCGUGAAUGGCUGCGUGAAGUGGAGGUGCCAUUGGUCAAUCAAAUGUUAUGCAACGAGAAGUACGAAAAAUAUGGUGGCAUAACGGAACGCAUGAUCUGUGCUGGCUUCUUGGAGGGUGGUAAAGAUGCUUGUCAAGGUGAUUCUGGUGGUCCUAUGGUCAAUGAUGCGGGCGUACUAGUGGGCGUGGUUAGCUGGGGUUAUGGCUGUGCCAAGCCCGAUUAUCCUGGUGUAUAUUCAAGGGUAAGCUAUGCCCGAGAUUGGAUUAAAGAACAUAGCGGUGUUUAAAAAUAAAUAUAAAUCAAGCCUCUUAA